AUGAAUAGUACGGAAGGAAUUCAUAGCAUAUCACAAAAGAAUAUUACAACAAAUGAGUUACAUGAAAAUAUAAAUGGUAGUUUAAAUAAUAAGAAAAGGAAAAAGGAACAUACAGCAUAUGAAAAUGGAAAUGAAAAUGGAAAUGAAAAUGGAAAUGGAAAUGAAAAUGGAAAUGAAAAUGAAAAUGGAAAUGAAAAUGGAAAUGAAAAUGAAUAUAUGAAUGACAAUAUUAAUGAUAAUAUAAAUCAAAAUAAUGUUGCACAUAUGAAAGAUUUAUUUUCCCAAGAAAGCGAAAGUUUAGACGAAGAAGAUGAUAGUUACGAUUCAUUGGUUGAUUUUAAAAAAAAAAAAAAAAAGGCAAUAAAAUUAUUGGAAAAGGAAAAAAGAGAUAAAAUAAUAAAUAAGAAGGGUAUGAAUAAUUUAAAUGGAACAAAAGAUAAAGAAAAAAAAAAAAAAAAAAAAAAAAAAUAUAUAUAUAUGGAUAAUAUAAAUGAGGAAGAGGAAAAUAUUAAUAAUGUAGAAAAUAUUAAUAUUUUAGAAGAUAGUGUAAGAAAUAUUGAAAAUGUUUUAAAUAAUUCAACAAAAGACCAAUUAGAUGAUGAUAUCGAAAAUGAUAUAGGUGGUACGAAUUUAUUAUUAGAUGAUGUAGACUUAGAAAGUUUUUAUGGUAGUACAGGGAAAAUUAUAAAAUUAAGGAUAAGGAAUUUUUUAAAUCAUGAGAAUUUAGAAUUAACAUUUAAUAGUUAUAAAAAUAUAAUUAUUGGAAAAAAUGGGAGAGGGAAAAGUGCAAUCGCACAAGCUGUUGCUGUUGGUUUAGGUAGUCAAGGAAAACAUGCAGGAAGAGAUAUAAAUUUAGCUAACUAUAUAAAAGAUUAUGAUAAGAAUAAAAAAAAUCUGGUAUGUUCUAUUGAAAUAUUUUUAUCAAAUUCUGGGAAUAAUGCUUAUAACCGUGAUAUAUAUGGAGAUGUAAUUAUAAUAAAAAGAAUGUUUUCUUCCCAUACUAGUAAAUUUUAUUUAUACGGAUUAAAAAAAAAUAUUUAUACAUCAGGUACAACAACAGAUAUGUUAAAAAAUGUGAAUGAAAAUUUGUCGCUUAGUAAAUGUGAUAAUGAUGGUAAUAAUUUAAAUAAUGGUAAUAAUUUAAAUAAUGGUAAUAAUUUAAAUAAUGGUAAUAAUUUAAAUAAUGGUAAUAAUUUAAAUAAUGGUAAUAAUUUAAAUAAUGGUAAUAUUUUAAAUAAUGGUAAUAAUUUAAAUAAUGGUAAUAAUUUAAAUAAUGGUAAUAAUUUAAAUAAUGGUAAUAUUUUAAAUAAUGGUAAUAAUUUAAAUAAUGGUAAUAUUUUAAAUAAUGGUAAUAAUUUUAAUAAGGAUAAUAUUUUUAAUAAUGGUAAUAAUUUUAAUAAGGAUAAUAUUUUAAAUAAUGGUAAUAAUUUUAAUAAGGAUAAUAUUUUUAAUAAGGAUAAUAUUUUUAAUAAGGAUAAUAUUUUUAAUAAGGAUAAUAUUUAUAAUAAUAAAGUGAAUGAUAAAAAUAAAAACAAUAAAAGGAACCCAAAUAGAUAUGUAAGAAAAAAAUCAUAUAUUGAGAAUUAUUUAAAUUUUAUCAAGGUGAAUAUUAAAAGCCCAUGUGUUUACUUAGAUCAAGAAAAGGGAAAGCAAUUUUUUUCAAACAUCACGGGAAAGACAUUACAUAAAUUUUUCAUGACUUCUGUUGGAUUAAAUAUUGUAGAAGAUGAGAUUGAAAAGGAGAGCGAGCUUUUAAAAAAUUGUUUAAAUCAAAUAAAACAAAAAGAAUUAUUAUUAUAUCCUUUUGAAGAGGAAUUAAAAAUAUCACGUGAGAGAAAUAAGUUGAUAGAAAAGAAUUUCAGUAAAUUAUAUUUAUAUGAUUGUAAUUAUAAAAAGGUAAUAUUUUAUGAGUUACUUAAAAGUUGUAUUUUACAUUUUAAUGAAUAUAUAAAAUAUGAGAGCAUUAAAAAUGAGAAUAUUUUAUAUAGUAUACAAUACAAAAUGAACACAUUAAUAAAUAAGAAUGAAGAUAUGAAAAACGAAUUAAAAGAAGUAUUAAAUAAAGAUCAUAAUAUAUAUAAUGAUAUAAUAAAAAAAAAUAUUGAUAAAAUCUGUAAAUAUAAUAAUAUGAUAAAAGAAUUGAAUGAUAUCAAAAUAAAACAUAUAGAAAGAAAAGAGCAUAUUCUUAAUUAUCUUAGUUCAUUUGAAAAAGCUAAAGAAAAUAAAAAUAUUGUUGAAGAAUAUAUAAAUAAAUAUAAUUUACAAAUUAAUUUAUUAAAAGAAAAAAUCAAAAAAGAAAAUAAUAAAGAAAUGGAACUUAUUAAUGAAAUUAAUAAUAAAGAAAAUUCAAUAUAUGAAAUGAAUUAUUUAAUAAAUAAGUAUCAAAAUAAUAUAGAUGAUAUUAAUAACAAGAUAAAAUAUAUAUCUAUACAAUCAAAUAAAUUACAAAAAAUUAAAAAUAAUGAAAUAAAAAAAAAAAUAUAUAUAUAUGGAUAUGAUAUAUAUAAUGUAAGAAAUAAUAUUGUAAAGUUUUUUAAUACUACAACAAUUACGUCUGAGAAAAAUUCUUAUCAUGAUAAUGUAACAAAUGAUAAUAUAAAUGAAAAAGAUAUAAACAAAAAUAAUAAUAUAUUAAAAGAAACAAAAAAAAAUUACACACAUAAUAAUAAAAAUAAUGAUAAUGAUAAAAAUAAUGAUAAUAAUAAGAAUGAUAAUAAUAAUAAUCAUAAUAAUCAUAAUAAUCACAAUCAUCCUUCUUUUUAUUUUAAACAUGAACCUAUAGGUCCUGUAGGUGAAUAUAUAAAAUUAAAGGAGCCUGUCGAAAAUACCAAAAUUUUAUCCAUCAUCGAAAAACACUUGGGAGAUAUCUUCUAUUCCUGGCUUGUUAGUUGUUAUGAAGAUAAAAAUUUUUUGAAUAAAAUGGAUAUAGAAAAUAAAAAUAAAUUUAAUAUCAUAAUAACUAAUGCAUUUGUACAUGUGAAUCGAGAAAAACUAUUACAAAAUAUACAGUUCUUAUCAAGUCGUAUAAAAGGUAAUACAAUAUAUUCCUUUUUAGAUAUUGAUUUAUUACCUACACCUUUAUUAUUUUAUUUAUAUGAUAAUUUUAAAAUAUUACAAACUUUAAUAUGUAAAAACUCAAAAGAAUUACAAGAAUUAUUACAUUCGAAUAAUAAAAAAAUAAUAAAGUCUAUAUACGUCAUAGACGAUUUUGUAUUAGUUAAAAUAUUGUCAAACGAAAGUUUACAUUAUAUUCCUUCAAAGCAAGAAUAUUAUAAGGAUGUCCUUUUUUUAAAAUGGACUAAAGAGGAACAUAAAAAGAACAAUGAUAUGGAGGAUGAAAAAAAAAAAAAUGAAAUAAAUAAUGAUAAUCAAGAUAAUGAUAAAGAUAAAGAAAAAGACAACGACCAAAACGACCAAAACGAACAAAAGAACAUGAAAGAAAAAAAAAACCAUGUGGGGGAACAUCUUAAUUUGUUAGAAUCCGAAUUUCAAACAAACGAAGAACAAAUUAAAGAACUAGAAAAAACAAAAAUUGAAAAAGAAGAUGAAAUAUCAAAAAUAUCCAAGAAAUUAUUAUCAUAUAAAAAUGUUGUAAAUACUUUAAACGAAUCAUUAGAAAAAUGUAAAUAUUCUCAAGACGAAUUAAAAUAUGAAUUAAAAAAUUUAGAUGAAUUGAAGGCGAACCAUGAUAAUAUAUUUUCAGAACAACUAGAUAUAGAAAUAAAAGAAAAAAAUAAUGAUAUUAAUGAAAUAGAUGAAUAUAUAAAAGAUAUAAAUGAUUAUAUUAACAUUUUAGAAAAUAAAAAGGAUAUGGCUUUAAAUAAUAAUAGUUUAUAUAAAUAUUUUAUAUCUACGCAUAAGGAAUAUUUAAAAACAAAAAAAGAACAUAUUCAAUAUAUAAUAGAAGAAUAUGAUAAUUUGAAAGAAAUAUUAAUUAAAUUAGAAAAGGAUAAACAAAAAAAUGAUGAAAUUGCUUUAACCAAAAAAAAAAAUUUUCUCAUAUCAAUAAAUAAAUUACAUAGUAUAUAUCUAGAAUGUAUAGGUAACAAUUUUGCUUUGGAUAAUAUUUUUUUGAGUAAUCCAUUUUUAAUAUUGAAGGAUAAAUAUGAAAGCUGGACCGUAACAAAUGUAAUCAUAAAGAGGGAAAAAAAAAGGGUGGAUAAUUUAAACGGUGUGGAUAAUCCAAAUAAUAUAAAUAAUCCAAAUAAUAUAAAUAAUCCACAUGAUGUGAAUAAUCCAAACGAUGUGAAUAAUCCAAAUAAUAUAAAUAAUCCACAUGAUGUGAAUAAUCCAAACGAUGUGAAUAAUCCACAUGAUGUGAAUAAUCCAAACGAUGAUGUUAUAAAAAGCAGUUUUCCUUUUAUUGAACCAAACAAAGAAGAGAAAAAGAAAUCAAAUGAAACUUAUCUCAUGGAAACAAUUUUUGUCAUUCAUAAAAAUCCAGAAAAUAUAAGCAAAAAUGAUGAGGAGCAUAUUAAAGUGAAUAUUCCUCUGUCAUGUUUAAAUUCUUUUAAUAAAAUUUUUAUGUCUUCCAAAAAUACCGAAGAAGAUAUGUUAGAGAGUAGCAAAGACAACUAUAAUAAAAGUGUAACAAAAAUUGGAAAUAAUAAGGAAAGGGAAAUAGAAAUAUUAGUAGAAUUAGAGGAAUAUGUAAAAAAUAUUGUGAGUAAUAUUUUAAAAGAUAAUGAUAAUAAGAAACAAGUUGAUAAUAUGGAUAAAAAUAAUAUACAUCCAAAUAAUAUAAGUGAUGAUAAUAAUGAUGAAUAUAAACAUUAUGAUGAAAAUAAUAAAACGGAAGAAAAGAAUCAUAGUAUAAUACCAAAAAAUAUUUUUGAAUAUGAUGCGGUAGAUAUGUUAAAUGAAAAAUAUGAAGAUAUAUUAUGGAAAAAAAGAUGUAAUAAGAAAAAAGAAAUAUUAGAAAUAUUAAAAAUGCAUGGAUAUAUAGAAAAGGAAAAUAAUACAGAUAAUAAUUUAAAAGAUUAUUAUAAUAAUUUAAUUGAACAAUAUAUAAAUGAUGAAAAAAGUUUUAAUAAACAAUUAAAACAAAUAUCUGAUUUGAAAAAUAAUUAUGAUAUGCAUUUAUCUAAUAUCACAUUAAGAAAAUCUAAAUUUGUAGAUAUUCUGGAAAAAACAAAAAAUCAAAUCACAUUACAUUUUAAAAAUAUGUUAAAACGUAUGAAUAAUUAUAAAGGAAAAAUUGAAUUUGAUGAUAUAAAUAGAAAUUUAAAGGUCCUCAUAUCUAUUAAUCAAGACACUUCAAAUAAUGUCUUUAUGGAAAUUAAUUCUUUAUCAGGAGGGGAAAGAUCAACUAUACAGAUGGCCUUAUUAGCUUCCUUCUCUUUAACCGAAUCAUCUUCAUUUCAUAUUUUUGAUGAGUUAGAUGUGUACAUGGAUGAGCUUACCAGAGUUAAAAAUAUGAGGCUCUUUUGUGACUUUGUCGAAAAGAAUAAUGAUAAACAAUAUUUUUUUAUAACACCCCACAUAGAAAUAACUGAACUAUUUUUAGAUGAUGCUAAGCAAAAGAAAGCUAAAAUAUUAAACUUAUCCUAA